CCGACGACACCUAAACCUAUCCGGACAGCAGCCGAGUUGACAGGAGGCUGUCCUUAGCUAGCCGCAUUAGCAAACCGAGCAACAUAACGCCCACACAAGCCGUUUGUUUUCGGUCUAUAUGAGACGGUUGCGGUCCUGUGACAGUGCUCCACCCCUCAGGUAAGAGCUGAGGGUCGGGCCGAUGUCAUCCAGUGAAGGUGACAGAGGGGGUCUUUCUCAGGCUGCCCCAACAAACAACACCCAGGACGAAUUUGACAACUCUACUCAGACUGCUGCAACAUGCAGCACACCUAAGGCCAGCAAGGCCGAGUUAUCUCUUCCUGAGGCACAGAAUUCUCCUGUUUUGGAUGAGGUUUCUCCUUCCUCUACAUCCUCUUUUGAGAUGCUGGACAUGGAGUCAGUGCCACCUCCGUACCAAGAGGUGCAGCCUCACUGGUUCUUCUGUCGUCAGGCAGAUGACAGCGACUCCUGGCAUCCCUUCAGCAGAGAGGACUCUGACAAACUAGAAAAUGCUUUCAAUACUGGAGGAGGUGAAGAGGACAUUGUGGUUGCUGUGGAAGGGGAGCGCUACGAUGUACAUGUCAAGAAGAGGAUGCGCUUUGCUGUCUAUUGGGACCAAGGUCCCACUGAGGUCCGCCGCUGCACCUGGUUCUACAAAGGAGAUAAAGACACAAGAUUCUUUCCUUACUCUGAGGAGUUCAGUAAACGUUUGGAGGAAGCCUAUAUGAUAGCAGUGACCUUAGACGAAUGGAAAAGGAAGCUGGACUUUCCCACUGGAGAAACCGUCAUCUUGCACAACCCUAAGCUGAUAAUGCAUUAUCAGCCAAUAGGAUUGCAGGAUGAGUGGGUUUCCUCUCCGUCGGAACAGUCACGGCCUUGUACAGUCAAGAGAGGAGUGGAGAACAUCUUUGUAGAAAUACCUGAUGGUGAACCGGAGAAGGUGGAUCACCUGGUCUUUAUGGUGCAUGGGAUUGGUCCAGCAUGUGAUUUACGCUUUAGAUCCAUCAUACAGUGCGUGAAUGACUUCAGGAGUGUUUCGCUGUCCCUCCUGGCCUCCCACUACAGGCGUUCUCAGCAGGAAGGCCAUGUGGGUCGAGUUGAGUUCCUUCCUGUCAACUGGCACAGUGCUCUGCACGGGGAUGCCACCGGUGUGGAUGAGGACAUUCAAAGGAUCACUCUGCCCAGCAUCAGCCGCCUCCGGCAUUUCACCAACGACACUCUGCUGGACUUAUUUUUCUACAACAGCCCCACCUACUGCCAGACCAUAGUGGACACAGUGGCCUCAGAAAUCAACCGGCUACAUGCCCUCUUUAAGCAGAGACACCCAGACUUUAAUGGAGAAGUUUCUGUUGUAGGACACAGCUUGGGUUCUCUGAUCCUGUUUGACCUGCUAACCAAUCAGAGAAAUAGAUCCAGAGCAAGAGGAGUACCUUCAGGAGAACACUCUGCUCUGAACAGUGACACGUUGGAGCAGAUGCUGACUAAAUUGGACCUCCAGCAGUACCUGCAAACUCUACUGGCAGAAAAUGUCGACAUGGAAUCACUGGCUCUCUGCCAAGACAGUGAUCUUCGAAAUUUAGGAAUUCCUCUUGGACCCCGAAAGAAGAUUUUACACUACAUCAGAAAGAAGAGGCUUCCAGAGGACUAUGAGAUGGCACCAGGGCAUCAGACCUUGGAGUCUGGUCCACCUCAGGUUACCAGUGAGGGCAACCAGUCUUCAGAACUGCCAAGCCAGGAAUCCUGCCUCCACAAAAAGCCUUCUAUCACCGGUGCUGUGGACUACGAAUACUUUGAUGUCGGCAUUGGACAGUCCAAUGGAGGCAUAGCCAAGGGACAGGUGUCCAUCGAUUACCCUCAGCUGGCGUUUUACCCCGAGACAUUUUUUGCUUUUGGGUCUCCAAUUGGAAUGUUCCUGACUGUACGAGGCCUGAAACGCAUCGAUCCAAACUACUCAUUCCCAACCUGCAAGAGCUUCUAUAACAUCUACCAUCCAUAUGACCCUGUGGCCUAUCGGAUCGAGCCCAUGAUUGUUUCGGAGGUGGAUCUGGAGCCGAUGCUUAUACCGCACCACAAAGGCCGAAAGAGGAUGCACCUUGAGCUUAAAGACAGCUUAACCAGAAUGAGUAUGGAUUUGAAGAACAACGUUUUGGGAUCAUUACGGACAGCUUGGCAGUCCUUUACCAGACCAGUAGCUGCACUGCCCCCAGUGGAAGAGGGGGAAGUGACAAAUGACACAACCCCUGAGGAGGAUCAAGCAGGAGGAUGCACAGAAGCUGAGUGCUCAGUGUCAGCGGAGCAGACUGAACAACCCGACAUUGAAAUGGGCAUGCUGAAUGGAGGGCGGCGGAUCGACUGUGUCCUCCAGGAAAAACCCAUUGAGAGCUUCAACGAAUACUUGUUUGCCAUCCAGUCUCAUCUCUGUUACUGGGAAUCUGAGGACACGGCUUUGCUGCUGCUGAGAGAGAUUUACGACAACCUCGGCGUGGCUUUUGAACAGCCGCAACAGUAACAAAUUAGUGUGAAUGAAGAUCUGCUCUUGUGACUGUUAUCUGAAAGUGAAGGACAGCCGACAGAGCCGGAAACUGAAAGACAAUCUUCUCCAGAAUGCCUUACCGUCUGUGUUUUACCGGACUGCUGCCUGGAUGGUUUGCGGCAGUUGGGUUAUCUUAGUUUACGUGUGUUUGUCAAAGCUUGUUUGCCGUAGUGGCGGCUCUCCUGCCAUUCCUGCAAUCCAAAUAUUUCAAUUUAGUUCUGAGAGUUUUCCGAGAUCUAAACAAUGCACCUUUUUGACUAAAUGUUAUAAUUUAUUAGCACUUUCACAUUUGGCAUGACUUCGUGGUCAUGUAAAGAAAGAUUAUGAUCAUAAUUACUUAAAAUGCAUGUGAGAGGGUAGUUCAUUUUCAGCUGUCAUUUCUUUGUCAUUCUGUGGAAAAAGAGAUUUAUAAAUACAAUUAUCUGAUCUUUAGACACUUUAGUCUACGUUGACCAAAACUGUAUAUCGCCCUAUAAGAAACAGCUGAGGCUUUUUGUUUUCUGUUUAACAAUGAAGGUUUUGUUUCUGUUACAAGUUUUCUUUGGCAGCUAUAAUUAUUUUACUUAUGUAAUAAACAUCUUGAAGCCUAAAGCUGACACUCCUUUAUUUUAGUUAUUCAGUAAUGUUAACUACACUCAUCUCCUCUCAAUUUGCAUACAGUGCUAUUUAAACCAAAAUAUAGUGCACCUUUCUGAUUAGCCGAAUGUUUGUUUAUAUUUGUAUUUGGUUAUAUUUAUCACAGGAAUCUAAAGUAUAAAUCCUUAUGAAGAGUUGUUGUAGUGUGGAAAGGAGGAUUCCUCAGAAGACAACAGGAUUGUCUCUUUAAUAUGUAUUAUGCAACUUAUCUCCCUUUUUGUAUCUACUACAAAGUAAGUUUGUAUAGACUUUACAAAAAGGCUUCCUCUACCAAUGCUCCAAGUUGGGACAAUUUUAUCUCAAGUCCAGACCAGCACUACAUGCUUUAUAUUGUUAUUGAUUUAGAAACAGAAUGCUAUUAAAUUGACUUUUUUUUUAUGUCUUUAGUCAAAAUUAUACCCAUUUCCAUUUCAGUCUAGUCUUCAUGAAUAAAUUCCUUAUUUGUCAUGUCUCUGCUGCAUGUAUUUCUGUUGUUUAAAAAUUAGAUUCCCCUGCUUUUUGAUAUCUGUACAUUUCAGUUGUUUUUCAAGCAACAAGCAAUAAAAAUAUUUUUUAUUUAUCGUAUUAUAUAAGAAGAAAAGUGUUAUCUUCCAGUAGUCUCAGUUUAUUUUAUAGGAAAAAUUAUGGGUAUGUUGGAAAAACAGUUCCACAUCGCUAACUUUCCAAGCCUUUUUGUCAUUAUGACAUAAAUGUAUAUUACUUGUUUUAUAUGCACUGAUGGCGGAACCACAGCCCGACAGCAAAGCUGUAAAUUGAGUAUUUUGGAUGAAAUCAUUGAUAAAUAAAUCUACUGAGGUUGCUUGUUUUCUUGUGUUAAGUUUCACAAUAAUAUAUAAAAUUUCAGUAACAGCAGUGUUUUCACUCAACGUAAUCCUCUUACGUUGAGUUAUGACAGUCGCCUAUUCAGGCCAGAAAGGUAAUAUUCUCUUUAAAUACUUAGCUUUAUAAAUGUGGAUACUUGUCUUAUGUGCCAUAAUAAAGAUAUUAUUGUGUA